AUGGCAUCGUCGGAAGCGGAAAGCCCCAUCCCGGUCUGCCCACCACUGCCGGCUCCCGUCGCGACCUGUCGAAGGACAUCCAGGACGUGCGGUGAGACCGACACUGGGGCGCCCGAGGAGGGCCACAAGUACGCGAAGUACAACGUGACAGGUCCGACGGGGACGGAGGGUGGGAUCGGGCCGGUGGCCGAAGUUGUCCCCGCGGGUGCGGUAACACUCGAGGAAAUCCUGAAAACGUUCAAUGCGCCCAUCUCCGAGGAUCAAGCGUGGGCGUUGAUUUACCAAACGGCGCGAAUGUAUAAGACUCGGCUGCAGGAACCGGGUGGCCGGUUGCGGGAUCUCCGGAUACCCCUGCAUCCGCAUCAGCUACAUGUGCAAAAGGACGGUGGUUGUGUCAUCACCGCACGAACAGAUAAGGAGUUGUGCGUUCCAUCGACCCAGAAAAAGAUCCUGCUCAAGCUGGGCAUCGUCGUAUACCGGGCGCUCGAUUACAACCUGCCCACGGGUGAAGACUGUCAGAUCUCGCACGAGCUGGAGGAGCUGAUCGACUUCAUGACGUCCGAAGAUAACGAUGACGAAGGCAUCGAGCGUGACUCGGAAGAAGUCGAAGAGGACCUGGUGACGGUCGACAGUGACGAUGGCUGCCCUGGCAACGGGCCGCUGGGUGGUGUGAUGACGAAAGUGGAUGCCGGGAGCGUCACUGCCAACGGUUGCGGUGGCGGUGACCGAAAGCAUCUCGAAACCAAAGAACUGGAUCAUGUGCUGGAGUACUGUUCAUCGCGAGUGUCACCCUCGAAACCGGAAGAUCACUAUCGGGCGGUGUGCCGCGCACUCGUUACGGAAACGCUCGAGCUACGCACGUUCCUGCAGCGGGUUUGCCAGGGUGAGGCCGAGGUGCUCCGAUUAAAAGCCCAGACGGAAACGACUGGCAAGGAGCUGGAGAAGAUCCACUUCAACGAUUGGUCGGACGAUCAGCGCAUCUGGCAGGCACUGCAAGCUCGCUUUUGGAUGCAGGUCGUGGACGAGCUGCGGCGUGGCGUGCGGCUGAAAAAAAUCAACUUCUCACGUACACCGAUCGAGUACGAGCUGACACCUUACGAAAUCCUGAUGGAGGAUAUCCGCUCCAGAAAGUACAAUCUCCGCAAGGUUAUGGUGAACGGCGACAUUCCGCCGCGGGUCAAGAAGGACGCACACGCCGUCAUACUGGAGUUCAUCCGUUCGAGACCACCUCUGCGAAAGGCAUCGGAGAGGAAACUUGCACCAGCGCCGCUGAAGCGAGUGUCCUGUCCACGGGAGCAGUUGCUGGAUUCGAUCCGGAAAGGACGCGUACUGAAGCCGGUGCAUCCGAAGCUGAAGUCAAGACGUUGCGAAUCACCCGACGGUGACCCGUGUGUUGAUGCUGUCCGAGAUCUAGCCUACUGUCCGGCAGAUGACGGAGCUUCUUCCACGGGUCCGAUGGCUCCAUCGCCGCGCAAACCUCCCGCUGUGGCCAAGAACUGCAGCAACAGCCUGACCGCGUGUGGAGCAGGCCUUCCCCCGAUCAAUCGGGUACCUAAGGCGGCCCCACGUUCGACACCGCAACCUCCAACACCGAAACCGAGAUCAGUUUUACCUACCACAACCCAACUAGAUAGCGUAAAGAAACCAUGUGAUGAUGAAAUCGACUCCAGCAGCGGUGGUGCUCCGAGCAGCCUCGACGGGGUCAGCGGUACCAGCAGCAGCAUCGGCAGCAUCGGCUACAUCAGCAGCAGUAGCAGCUGCAGCACAAGCAACAAAACGAUGACGCUGGGUCGGUCGACUUUUUCGCACACCAGCGGCACGCCCCGAAACACCCUAAGACUGAUACCAGUAGACUUUUCGCUGUUCAACGAUGAUGAUUUCAUCGAUGGCGCAGCGACCGACGGCACGGAUCCGAGCACGUGCAGUGCCUCCAGUGGCCAGCGAGUUCAACUGAACGGUGGACAUCGGAUAGCGUCCGGGAUUGUGGGGGCUAAGCGUGGCAACACCGAUGACCGUGGUAGCGCCAACGCCAGCAACAGUACAAACCGCCUGAUGAUCGUCAACAACGAGAACAAUCAGAACAACAUCAACACGGUGCUGCGGCGAACAAAAAACAUCAUCACCCACGACGAGUACCAUCGGUUCUGUGAUAAGGCGCUCGAAACGUACGACCUGGCAACGCAGUGCGAAUCACGCCGGGCAUCCAUGCGUCGGCACACCAUCAUCGGGUGCAAUCAAAACUACAAGCUUGACCCACUGGCGAGCCACUCGGUGCCCCCAUCUCGUCCUGUUUCACGCCAAUCCGAUCGCGAUGCACCCUCCAAACAGGACCCACUCCCAUCUGGAACGGUACCGACGAGUGUGGCUGCCACAAACCCUAAGGAAAAACCCUCUGCCGUGGUGAUGCCACACGUCGUAAAUGGAGCUCCGGCCCUUAUUCGACCAGCACCGAUCGGUAGCGCGGAUGGUGGCACGAGCAAUCUGUCGUCACUUGGCGACACUUGGACCAAAAACUCGCUCGACGAGCACCAGUGGAAGGACGCGUUCAACCUGAACGAUCGGCUGUCGCUGACGCUGGAGGAGAUCGUACAUAUCCGCUCGGUAAUGACGAAAGCCGAGCUCGAGGGACUCCCGGUGGACGUACACAUCAAGGAGGACGUCGAGAAACGGAAGGUGUGCUUCCUGUGCCUGCGCACCCGCUUUACGCUGUUUGCUCGAGGCAUCCUCUGCAAGCUCUGCCAGCGAACGGUCUGCAAUAAAUGCAACACGAAGAUGCGAAUACCUACCGAACAUUUCCGCAAUGUUCCCGUGGUGCUGCUAUCGCCCUCGCUUAUGAACAGCCCGUGCACCUCCAACACACCCUCGCCGAGUCAUCACGCGCACGGUGCCGGUUCCGGUCCAACAAGCAUGGUGGACGAAUCCUUUCCCCGGUCUCUGAUGGAGCGACUGUUACGGCCCGAGUUAGAUCGUAAGACUCGAAAUACGGUCGGAAGUGCUCCGUCCUCACCAAAGAACCAACGGUCUGCCUCCAGCACGCCGGGUAGCACCCUUCAUGGCACGGAAACGCUUGCGCUCUCGCUUUCACACCACGUGUCGGGUGCUCCAACCGCCAAGGACAUGAUGCCAGCAAGCGCCAUCACGUCAGCCACCGCCCAACGGUGUUCGCUAAUGUCCCGCAGCAUGGAGGGCCCAAACAGUCUUCCACCGCAGAGUCCAGCGCGGCCGCACUCGAACUGCAGCACGCUCGACAGGAAGAAUCGGUUCGCGAAAGCGUUCACGCUGACGGCUUCCGGUGGGCAGGGUGGUGGGCUUGACCCGCAGAAGGAGCGGCUCACCGGGGAGCUGAUGGCCGUGUGCAAUGACUGUCGCAGUCUGGUGCUGGAAAUCAUUCGAUCCUCGCGACAAACCCGAACGACGGCUCGCAAUCAGGUGCUGCGCCAUCUGACGCUUGAUAUCUCACCGGUUUAUAAGUAA